AUGCCUUUCCUCACCUGUGUCCAUGGUCUGACCAUGGCCAGUUUACAAAACCAUCGUUACGCAAAGUACAUUGGCCCCACGGAUGAACACGACUUUGCCUUACUUGAUCUCCGACUCUACGACGACAUCAAAGGCGAAAGCCCUGCCGACCAGGGCUCCUUUCGUAAAGUUGGACCUAAUGAGUUCUUUCAUCAAUAUGCCGACGCCGAUUCUCCCAACCAUUUCAGGGAGGUCGAAGAGCUCGACAACAUCGAACGCAUCGUCGCUCCCCAUGGUGAGGCUUUGAUUCGGUUGUACUUUAGAAUCGUCCAUCCCAGUUUCCCCAUCCUCCACAAAAAAGUCUACCUGGAGAAAUAUGCCAGGACUCAUCGCGAAUUCUCUCCACCAUUACUGGCUGCCGUCUACAUCUUGGCUCUGAACUGGUGGUCGUAUAGCUCGGAAUUGGCCAAAUUGAACAAGCCAGACGUCGCCGAACUCGAAGAUAUUGCCUACAGAACCUUGCAGGAUGUAUCCUACCGCGCCAAAUUGUCUACAGUGCAAGCGGGAUUGCUGCUACUUCAGAGACCCAAUAGCAACCAAGGCUGGCAACUAACUUCUCAAUUGGUCGCUAUCGGCCAAGACCUGGGAUUACAUCUCGACUGUUCCAAUUGGCGCGUCCCUGCAUGGGAGAAAGGCCUCCGCAAACGGCUGGCAUGGGCAUUAUUCAUGCAAGACACCUGGUCAGCACUCAUCUAUGGACGACCGCCUCACAUCUCGAUGACCAAUUGGGCCGUACACCCCGUCAUCAGCAGUGAUUUCCCAGAGAGCGCCGCCGAUGAAGACGGCGAGGAUGGUAGCACCGAGGUGGAAAAGGGUCGCACCUUGUUCAGCGCCAUGAUCACGCUCACCAAAAUGCUUGCAGAAGUCUUAGAAGCACUAUACUCGUUGAAAGCAGAGAAUGAGGUCAAAAAUUCCUAUGACACAACAAAAGCUAUUCUCGAAAGAGCCAAGCCGAUUCAGUUGAAACUCCGCUCGUGGUAUGCCGAUAUGCCUGAAGCUUUACGAAUGGAUGCAACACGAGUUGGCAAGCUGAGCUCAGUGGGAUAUCUACACCUCGCUUACUUCGCCACCGAAAUCACACUACAUCGAAGAGUGAUUCGGUCUCUCGACCACAACACCGACCCUUACAUGAUCCAAAUCUGUCGAUCGGCUGCAAAAGCCCGGUUGAUCAGUGCCAUGGACUUCUUCAAUCGACUCAAACCCGAACAUCUUCAAUCCUUCUGGUACUUUGCCUCUAAAUUCAACUUUGCCCUCAUUGGCACAUUUGCCGGUCUCUGUUUCGUAAGCUCAGUCACACAAGAAGAAGCAGAAUUCUACCAGCGACGACUACAAGAAUAUCGUUGGACAUUACGCGUGUCCAACAAGAGUGCCGAAUUCCUCGAAAUCGCCAGUGGCAUUCUCGAAUCCGCUGUCGGCGCGCUGUUGAAAGCCGCAGACUCGAUCGACAGCAAGGGCAUAUCCUUUCCCAUGUUACAGCACCACGCACCACCAGAAGACGAGGACAUUGCAAUGGAAAGCUUCUACCCUUCUGCUGACGAUCCAUUUUACGACCAGAACAUGAAUUUGAACGCCUGA